GAUUCUUCCACAAACACUCACCAGACUAUUUUAUUGUGCUUUCGAGGACGGGAUCAAGCACAUGUUGAGGAACAAUGAAGUCCUUGUUGGUGUCCUUCAUGCUCGUUUGGUGUACAGCCGCUCACCAAAGAGGCCGCAAAGGCUCUGGGGUGACAUGCACCUUUAAAGACGAGAGAUUCAACCCCGGAGACAGUUGGCACCCUUUUCUGGAGCCCUUUGGACUGAUGCUCUGCAUGCGUUGCUCCUGCACAGAGGUGGGCCGUGUGAAAUGCAGCAAAAUUAAAUGUCCUCCUCUACCAUGUGACAAGCCAGUAGCUGAUCCUCAACAGUGCUGUCCGAAAUGCACAGAUGAACUGAAGAAACCUGCAGGAUUGAGAGCUCCAGUGAAGGUGUGCAGAUAUAAUGGAACUAUUUAUCAACCUGGAGAUACCUUCACCAAACACAACCUUCCUGCAAAGCCCAGCAACCAGUGUGCCAUGUGCUCGUGCUCUAAUGGAAACGUCUUCUGCGUUGUGAAAACGUGCCAACCAAUCAGUUGCGCCUCUCCCGUCACGGCUCCAGACACCUGCUGCUUGCUAUGUAAAGACGCCGGGGUCAGUGGGUCUUCAUCAGCUGAGGAUGCAAACCAGCAGCUCAACCGAGGCGUUAGGCAUUCACUGGACCAGUGUUCUGCGGAGCAGCACGAGCCUCGUUCCGACCGUGCCCUCCAGACCGGGGUCAGAACUUCUCCCAGGCGCCUGAGCCUCAGUAAACUUAAUCUGAGAGGGGCUUCUGAGACCACUGUGAAGAUUUUAUUGCAGAGGCAACACCAUAAAGCAUGUUUGUACAAUGGCAAGACAUACUCGCAUGGAGACACCUGGCACCCAGUUUUGGGGAAGGUCCUGGAAUGCAUCAUGUGCUCUUGUAGUGACGGCCUACAGGAGUGUAAACGCAUCACGUGUCCCAGUCAGUAUCCAUGCCAACAUCCGGUCAAGUCACCUGGAAAGUGCUGCAAGGCGUGUCCAGAGCGUAAAGCUGCAAGUAACCACACUCAGUGUUAUUCGGGCUACAAAAACAAACUUUUGGUGUACAAAGUGGAAUCCGCUUUGAGAGUGGACUCCCCCAGCACAGUUCGGAUCCUCGCUGUUGAAAGAGCAAGCACUGCUGAAGUGGAGGUGCACGUAUGGACGACGGUAGACGGUGUUUUACAGUUGAUGGAAAUUGGGGAUGUCGAAAGGAAAGAUAUCAUGGAUCAUCCAGAGAAUUACACUUUACUGACAACAGUUGACCAAGAGACGUGGGGGAAAUUCAAAGAAGGAGCAGGAAAACUGGAUCAAGCUCAGGCCGUUUGUGAAGAAGGCAUUAGGGAGAUGGUGACCUUCCUAAAUCCCAAGCAGGUGGAAGGCUUGUGUUCUCCAUAACUUGCUUUGGGACUCAUUCUGGGAACAUAUUAUUCCAACUGCAUGAACAUGUGUUUUUAUGUACAAAUGUGCCUCAUAUUCAUAUUUAUUGUAAAUAUAAAUAUUUUUCAUGUGUUUUUAGUAGAAUUGACUCCAUGUAGACAAUUUGGAUAAAAAAUGUGGACGUAGCCUAUGGGUUUUAUGAGUGAAGUAGUACUGUUAUGCCUCGUGUUUUUCUUAUAGGCCAGCAAAAGCGUAAAAGUGGUAAAGAGGCCUAAAUGAAAAUACAUUCAGCACAUUUAAACUCAACUGAUAAAGUACAGUAUUGUGUUCAUUUUGUAAAGUACAUCUGUCGUACUGGUAGGCUUGUUGAGGCUACAAAAGGACAGAUGUGUUUCUCGCUUUCGAGAUGGUUAGCAGUUUAUUUGGCAUCGACAAAAAUAUAACAGAUGGUGGAACUGUUAAAUAUUGUAUUGUCUUUUGUCUGCCUUUUCAUUUUUAUUGCAUUAUUCUUUGAAUAUUAAGUCCUUAAUUUGACUUUAUUCCUGUUAUUAUUACUUUU